AUGCUUAGAGUUGCAACCUAUGCUUUCAGUGUAAGAUCAAUUUUAUCCCGUCGCCAUCCAAUAGAUUGUCAUGUAGCAUCAUUCACCCGCUUUCCAAUAAACAACGCAAUAUAUAAUCCGCGACAACGUGAAGCUUGCCCUUUGCCACCGCCACCACCUCCAAAACCGCCUAAAGAUGACUCGUUACUGUGGGGUACGGUGACCAUACUCGUCUUAGCUGGAGCGGGCAUUGUGACGGCCAAAAGCUCUCCAGAGGUACGGGAUUGGCUGACUCUAUAUGCGCCCUGGGUGGACGAUCUUAUAGCUAUUCUAUACGAAGAGAAUAUGACAUACGGAGAGUUUACUAAUAAAUGCAUAGAAGAUAUGCAAAAGUACAUUGAUUCGUUUUCUGAAGAAAAAGAUAAACCAAAACCAUGUUCUCUUGACGGAAAGAAACCAAAAUCAAUUCCAGCUGCACCUGCCGCCCCCAAAGGAUCGGGCGAUGACGACGAAGAAGAUGACUCAUUGACUUGUGAACCGGAACCCCCUCCAGUAGUGACGCAAGGAAUUUGUGACAUAGAAAGGUGCUUUAAGGAUCUUGGCCAGUUUGUCGACAACAAUUACUUCUCGGCGAAGGAGGCGUGUAGAUAUUACAAUGGGUUAGUUGACGAAACAAUGGAAGACUUCUCCUAUAUUAGUCUCAAGAAGUUGCACGACGCUAAAAGGGAAAGGGAAGAUAUUGUUACAGAAUCGUUGAAAAAUGCUUGCGACGCAAUAAAUAGACUUGAGGAAAUGACCCGAUACCUGGACUGCGGUGUGCAAGCGUCCAAGGAUGAAAUAGAGAAUGCAAAGCUGUUGUUCAGAAAUUAUAAGACGCAAUAUACGGCAUCUCGCAUCCAAUAUGAGUGGGAGAAUGACAAAGCUUUGGCAAGGGACCGGCAAUGGCAAAUUGUUGAAUCACUAGUUGACAAAUAUACGUCAGAAAAUCUGGCCCUAUAUUCUGGUCUAAAGUACACUGACAAAAGGCCACAUAUACAGGGCGAUCCGGAUAUUUUAUUAUACAGCACAUUAAGAUACGUUAAAAAAUUAGACGAGGAGUUAAAAGUCGCAAGCGCAUCAUUCUCUGACCGAGUGAACCGUGCUUAUAAUGGUCUGCCAAAAGGUCAACAAGUAGAACAGAACAGAAAAGCGCAACUGACUGCCGCAGUUGCCAAAAGGAGAGCCGAGGUUGAUAAGAAUUUCAAAGAUAUGGCCGAGCGCCAAAAACAAAGAAAUGAUAAACUGCUAAAAAAACUACUGCAGGAACAAAGUGCACGUCAUGAGGCUGCACUCGAUGAGAAACUGGCAGAAAAAGAGAAAGAGAUAUCGGCAAAGUUCAAGAAAAUGGUCACUGAUAAAGUGAGAGCUGAGAAAAAUAAUUUUGAUAAUCAACUUGCUGAUAUGUCCAAGAAGCUUGCAGUUGUUGAAGAUAAACUAAAUGCUCGAUUAAAAGUUGAACGCGAAACUCGGCGAUCUCAAGAGCUAUGGGCGGCAGCUGCAUCCCUUCUCGCAGCCACAAAGAAAGGCGAACCCUACAUCAAUGUCAACAAAGAACUUAAUGCCAUAGAAAAAGCUUCAGAGGGUCAAGAUAAGUUAGUACUCACUGUGUUAAAAGCGAUACCAUCAUCAGUCAGAGACAAAGGCCUCGUUCCAGAAAGCGUGUUGAAGGAAAAGUACAAAGAGAUGGAGCGAAUCGCAAUGAAAGUCUCACUAGUGGAAGAAGAUGGUGGACCAAUGCCCGUCUAUAUUCUAUCCUGGUUGCAAUCUAUACUGCUGUUUAUGAAGAUACCAGGUAUUCCACAAGAAGAAUUUGAAAAACCUCCGAAAGAACCUCCUAAAGAAUUAGAUACUUUUGAUUUACUCCGACGUGCAAGAUUUUGGAUGGAGCGUGGCAAUUUAGCCAUAGCGUUACGCUACGUGAACCAUUUGCAAGGUGCGUCGCGAUUGGCGGCGCAUCAGUGGUACGAAUCGGCGCGUGCACAUCUCGAGGUGCGGCAGGCAGCCGAAGCUGUGCUGGCACAUGCUGCUGCAAUGGGUUUGCAAUACAUAUGA